GUCACAGCAUGUCCCCUACGGGCACGAUGUGUCCCCACGGGCAGGACAGUUCCCUGUGGUCACAUCAUGUCCCCCCCGAGCAGGACAUGUCCCCUGUGGUCACAACGUGACCCCACGGGCACGACAUGUCCCUUGUGGACAGGACAUGGCCCUGUGGUCACAUCAUGUCCCCUGUGGUCAAGACUUGUCCCCUGUGGUCACAGCGUGUCCCCCACGGGCAGGUCACAUCCCCUGUGGGCAGAACAGAUCCUUAUGGACAGGACAUGUCCCCUGUGGUCACAACGUGUCCCGCACGGGCAGGACAUGUCCCUUGUGGACAGGACAUGUCCCCUGUGGUCACAACGUGUCCCCCACGGGCAGGACAUGUCCCUUGUGGGCUGGACACGUCCCCACCACCAUCGAGGCCACCCCAUCUCCCCAUGUCCCCUCCGUGCCACCCACCGCGUCCCCCUCGUGUCCCCUGUCGCGCAGGUCGCCCCCGCGCCGCCGAGCCAUGCGGGAUCGCCCGGUGCCGUCGCCAGCCGAGCCAUGAGCAGCUGUCGCCACAAUGGGGGGGUGACACGGCCCCGGGGCCACCCGGGCUCCUCCAGCCACGGCCAAACCCAGCCCUGCGCCAGCCCGCGCCUCCAGGUGCUCGUGUCGCGACAGGAGCAUCCCGCAGCGACAGAAACCGCUCGCGUGGCCACCAGAACGGCUCGGGAGGCGAGCGAGGAGCGGGCGGGCGAGCGGAGGAAAAAUCAGAAUAUCGGCUACAAGCUGGGCCACCGGCGAGCGCUGUUCGAGAAGCGCAAACGCCUGAGCGACUACGCGCUGAUUUUUGGCAUGUUCGGCAUCGUGGUGAUGGUGACGGAGACGGAGCUGUCCUGGGGGGUCUACACCAAGGAAUCGUCGUAUUCGUUCGCGUUGAAGUGUCUGAUCAGCCUGUCCACGCUGGUGCUGCUGGGGCUCAUCGUGAUGUAUCACGCCAGGGAGAUUCAGCUUUUCAUGGUGGACAACGGUGCCGACGACUGGCGCAUCGCCAUGACCUCGGAGCGCGUGUUCCUGAUCGCGCUGGAGCUGCUGGUGUGCGCCAUCCACCCCAUCCCCGGGCAGUACCUGUUCACCUGGACCGCCCGCUUGGCCUUCACCUACGCGGCGUCGGUGGCCCACGCCGACGUGGACAUCGUGCUGUCCAUCCCCAUGUUCCUGCGGCUCUACCUGCUGGGCAGGGUGAUGCUGCUGCACAGCAAGCUCUUCACGGACGCGUCGUCGCGCAGCAUCGGCGCCCUGAACAAGAUCAACUUCAACACGCGCUUCGUCAUGAAGACGCUCAUGACCAUCUGUCCCGGCACCGUGCUGCUGGUGUUCAGCAUCUCAUCGUGGAUCGUGGCGGCGUGGACGGUGCGGGUGUGCGAGAGGGACAAACUGUACCACGACAAGCAGGAGGUCACCAGUAACUUCCUGGGGGCCAUGUGGCUGAUCUCCAUCACCUUCCUGUCCAUCGGCUACGGGGACAUGGUGCCACACACGUACUGCGGCAAGGGCGUGUGCCUGUUGACCGGCAUCAUGGGCGCGGGCUGCACGGCUCUGGUGGUGGCCGUGGUGGCGCGGAAGCUGGAGCUGACCAAAGCCGAGAAGCACGUGCACAACUUCAUGAUGGACACGCAGCUCACCAAGAGGGUGAAGAACGCCGCGGCCAACGUUCUCCGCGAGACGUGGCUGAUCUACAAGCACACGCGGCUGGUGAAGAAGCCGGAGCGCGCCAAGGUGCGCACCCACCAGCGUAAGUUCCUCCAAGCCAUCCAUCAAGCUCAGAAGCUCAGGAGUGUGAAGAUGGAGCAGCGCAAACUCAGCGACCAGGCCAACACCUGGGGGGACCUGGCCAAGACUCAGGCUGUGAUGUCGGAGCUGCUGGCGGAGCUCCAGGAGCGCCACGCGGAGCUGGAGAAGCGCCUGGGGGCGCUGGAGGCGCGGCUGGAGGCGCUGGGGCUGAGCCUGCUGGCCCUGCCCGGGCGGGUCCGGCAGGCGCUGGGCCAGCAGCGGGACCCGCUGGGCUACCAACGAGACAGCCUGGGCUACCAGCGGGACAGCCUGGGCUACCAGAGAGACACCCUGGGCUACCAGCGAGACAGCCUGGGCUACCAGAGAGACACCCUGGGCUACCAGAGAGACAGCCUGGGCGAGCAACGGGACACCCUGGGGCAGCACUGUGACACCCUGGGCUACCAGAGAGACAACCUGGGCUACCAGAGAGACAGCCUGGGCUACCAGAGAGACACCCUGGGCUACCAACGGGACCCACUGGGGCAGCAACGGGACACCCUGGGGCAGCACUGUGACACCCUGGGCUACCAGCAAGAUCGACUGGGCUACCAACGAGAUCCCCUGGGUCAGCACCUGGACCCCCUGGGCUACCAAUGUGACCUCCUGGGCGAGCAACGGGACCCCCUGGGUUGCCAGUGUGACCCCCUGGGCCACCAGCGAGAUCCCCUGGGCUCCCUGGAUCUCCUGGGCCAGCAACGGGACCCCCUGGGCCACCAAUGUGACCUCCUGGGCCACCAGCGGGACCUCCUGGGCCACCAGCGGGACCUCCUGGACCACCAGCGGGACCCCCCGGGCCAGCAGCAGGAUACCCCGGGCCAGCAGCGGGAUCUCCUGGGCUACCAAUGUGACCUCCUGGGCCAGCACUGUGACCCCCCGGGCCAGCAGCGCGAUCCUCUGGGCCACCAGCACGAGCCCUCGGGCCACCAGUGUGACCCCCUGGGCCACCAACGUGACUCUCUGGGCCACCAGCGGGAUGCCCCGGGCCACCAACGUGACCCCCCGGGCCACCAGUGUGACCCCCCGGGCCCGUGUCCCCCCCGCCUGUGCUCGGUCACCGCCCCCUGCAGCCCCGCUCGGCACCCGGGACCGGCCCAGAGCCCACGGGCGGCCUCGGACAGCGGCUGAGGGGACAGGGACAGUGUCACAGUGUCACAGUGUCACUGAGUGUCACCUCGGACAGCGGCUGAGGGACAGGGACAGUGUCACAGUGUCACUGUGUCACCUCGGACAGCGGCUGAGGGGACACGGGGACAGG